AUGCAGGAACCAAGUCAAGGAAUUCAUCGCGACCUGCAACCGCAUGUCCAUCUUCUCUCAACUUACAGAUUUCCAAGUUUACAUUCACUUCAUCCCGAGAAGGUAGCAGAAUGGCUAUUGGGAGCCCCAAAAAUCGCGCGCGAUACAGCUCCGUUCUACUGGACUUACCUUGAUCGACCUCCGCCAACCUCGAUUUUCCUCACAUGGCAGUCUCAAUCCUUAGGCACAGAAUUUCCAAGUGAUGGUUAUAUAUGGGCGCCUAGAGAAGAAAGCUUCCAGCUAGAGAUCAAUGGUGGAUACACUAUCGAAAUGUAUCAUUACAAGGUCGGCUAUGCACCUGGUGAACCUGUCGCGCUACACGCCCGGCGAAGAUAUCGUCUUCUUCCUUCCAAAAGACCAGGAGCUCCAAUGCCAGACCCGUGUCUAUGGAUCACGCAUUAUACCCAGGCUGAACCUGCGGAUCGAAUCCCAUCGAAUCUCAUUCCAAUCGACGCAAGAGGUCACCAGUCGAUCAGCACGCGGGCUUAUCUCCACGCACAAGGCCAAAUCGUGCAGAAAGAUUUCAUGCUGAAUGAUAGGACCAAUUGGCCACAAAUAGCGUUUCCAAGAAACCAGCCUCGCGCAGCACCGAUAUACGGCAAUAGCGCCCCUCCACCGAGGAUGCCUCAACAUAUUUCAUAUCCUCCACAGCACCCUACCGUCGGACCCCCUGCGAAACGGGUAAGAACGCAACCGACUACAAACCCAGCGGCUCCAGGUAGUGCCAUCGCUGUCCUUGAUGUAGAUGAUGAAGAGGAUACUUCUCGCGGGGACCUUUUCGAUCACACGACUCCUCGAGAGAUCAGCGAAAGCAGAUACAAGCAAAACCACGAGUGGAUGGAAGAGGUGUUGUCUUCACCCUAUGCGAUCAACCAACUCAUCCCUGCAGAUCUCGGGCUUGGAGUCCGCGGACAGCUUGUGCGACUCACGGAGGGCAUAUUUGACGCACCUUUAAAUCCUGACACGGAUGUCGUAAAGCACAACUAUGUUGGGAAGUUGGAUCCGGAAAAGGCAGAAUUGUUUCGAAAGCGUGUGGGUGAUGAGAUCUCCCAGACUAACAAGGAGAUGGAGAAAAUCAAGGCAAAGCAUGCAAAGCGUAUGGCAAAGUUCAAACGCGGCUCCUUGAUUACCCAGGCAGAGAAGCAGCUUCGAACUGCCGUCAAUGAUCCAGCAGCCACUGGCCCUGAAUAUUGGCGUCUCGAAGGUAAAAUUGAUACCGAAGAUGGGGAUGAUACCCCGCCGGUCACUCAAACUCCUUCUAAGGUUUCCGACAUCCUUGCACAAGUUGAGGCAUCUUUGGGUCGUCAUGCCGCAGUUGUCCAGGAACUGAUUUGUGUCCAAAAAGGUGGCUAUGAAGAACCUGUAGCUCGACCGAGUCCACGUGCUCCAGUUGUUCCCAGCCCCCGAGUAUCACCACCUGCUUCCAACAAUGGCUCGCAGAAUAGUGGUGUACUUGUCGGUGAUGCAGAUAUCGAAAUGGGUGGUUCUGCUGCUGGUUUACUUGAUCAGUAUCAUACCGGAUUAUCCUCGAACGCCACUCCCGCCAGUGGUGGCUUUCCUACCCCUCAACCUCAUUUACAAGCACCUUCAUCAGCUGGAACUCCCAAUUUGACUGGGGCUUCUCCACGUCCUAUGGGUCAGACGUCCAUGCAUCAAAUGCCACACAAUGAGGUCAACAUGUCGAACAUGGGACAAACAACAGAGCAGCCGCUAGACAAUGGUGGUUCGGGCGAUUGGGUUGUUGUACCACCUGGUGGUGUCUCCCCUUCGAACAACAUCGCGCAAGCUCCGAUUCAUACCAUGCAAUCUUCUCAUAUGAACGCUCCCACCGCCGGUACACCUGCUUCAGCACCCCUCACAGGAAAUCCUUCCCCUCACCCAACAGGCUCUUCGAACCAGACUCCUCUUGCGGAUUUUCAUACAUCGCCUAAUGAUUUUGCCGAUCUAGGAGAUCUUGAUUCCGCUGGAGAUGCGUUGGCUGGUUACGGAGAAGGUCUUGGUGGCGAUAGUGGUGGCCUUGGUGAUCUUACCAUGGAUAUGGAUGGUGGCAUGGACGACUCGGCAUUUGGAGAUGCUUUUCACGGCGUUGAGAACCCCGGAGAUAAUGAGCACGACGGUCUCUGA